GUUUUGAAAUGUGAGGUGGAACUGAUGGCCAAAAUGGCGAAAACCAUCGACAGCUUCACUCAGAACCAGACACGGCUUGUUGUAAUUAUUGAUGGGUUGGAUGCUUGUGAGCAGGACAAAGUUUUACAGAUGCUUGAUACGGUCCGAGUCUUGUUUUCUAAAGGCCCAUUUAUUGCUAUUUUUGCAAGUGACCCACACAUUAUUAUAAAGGCUAUUAACCAGAAUCUCAACAGUGUUCUACGUGAUUCAAACAUAAAUGGACACGAUUAUAUGCGAAACAUUGUCCAUUUGCCAGUUUUCCUGAAUAGCCGGGGGCUUAGUAAUGCAAAAAAACUGAUGGCUUCGACAACCAAUGGGGAUAUUCCUUAUACAGAUAAUGCAGGAUUGCAUGAAGAGGUUGACAGGAGAGUUUCUCAGAACAGUCUUGGAGACAUGACCAAGCUUGGUAGCAAAACUGCUCUCAAUAGGCGGGAUACUUACCGAAGGCGCCAGAUGCAACGUACCAUUACCCGCCAAAUGUCUUUUGAUUUGACCAAGCUGUUGGUUACAGAGGAUUGGUUCAGUGAUAUCAGUCCUCAGACCAUGAGAAGAUUGCUAAAUAUUGUUUCGGUGACAGGUCGUUUAUUGCGAGCUAACCAGAUCACGUUCAGUUGGGAUAGACUGGCUAGUUGGAUCAACCUCACGGAGCAGUGGCCCUACAGAACGUCGUGGCUCAUACUGCAUCUUGAAGAGACCGAAGGUGUUUCGGAUCAGCUGACGUUAAAAACCAUCUAUGAGAGAAUUUCAAAGAAUAUUCCUACAACUAAAGAUGUUGAACCUCUGCUUGAAAUUGAUGGAGAUAUACGGAACUUUGAAGUAUUUUUAUCUUCUCGAACACCUGUUCUUGUCGCCCGUGAUGUAAGAACCUUUUUGCCAUGUACUGUAAACUUAGAUCCCAAGCUACGAGAAAUCAUUGCAGACGUUCGUGCUGCAAGAGAUCAAAUGAAUAUUGGAGGACUUCCUUAUCCCACGUUGCCUUUACAUGAGGCACCUGCUAGAGCAACUUCUCUGUUUAGUCAGCCUUCAUCAGCUUGCUCUUCUACAGCCUCCUUCAACGGCCCUUUCAACAGCGGAGUUUUGUCACCGCAGCCUCACAGCAGUUACUAUAGUGGUAUGACAGGACCUCAGCAUCCGUUUUACAAUCGGCCAUUCUUUGCCCCAUAUCUUUACAUGCCAAGGUAUUACCCUGGCAGUUCUCAUCUCAUCUCACGUGCACCACUAAAAACGAGUUUGUCCAGAGAUCAGAACAAUGGCCUAGAUGUUAUCAAGGAGGAUGCUGAUGAGGGGCUUCCUUCACCCACAGACCCCUCAAUGGGAGCGGGAGCAGGCACAGGGUCGACUGCAGGAGCAUCACAUGUGUCUCUGAGCACAAUGAGUGUGGAAGCUGUGUGUGAGAAGCUAAAGCAGAUAGACGGUCUGGACCAGAGCAUGCUACCUCAGUACUCUGCAACUAUAAGAAAGGCAAAUAUAAAUGGCCGUGUCUUGGCUCAGUGCAACAUUGAUGAACUGAAAAAAGAAAUGAAUAUGAAUUUUGGUGACUGGCACCUGUUCAGGAGCAUG